AUGGAAGGCCUAGGAGGAGCGGCUGCGGCUGAACAGCUUGUUAAAGAUGCCUUCAAGCUAGUCCAGCUCAUUAGGUCUAUUCGCGACAAAUAUCAGGGCGCUCCAAAGGAGAUUGAGGGUUGGCGCCAGGAGAUUGAAGAUUUCUUGGGGCUUAUCAAGAAUAUCGAAGCAUUGCCUAGCCUCGACAGCUAUGAAAUCGAUGCCACCAUUGAAGGCUGCAGAACCAUCUGUCGUGACCUUAUAGGUAUAUUCAGCGGCCUCGAUUUCGCCGCUAGCGACUCGCGGUUGCAUAAGACUUGGCUGGCCAUCAAAGGCAUAGAGCAGGAACCAGUAGUGAUAAAGCAUUUUGAGGAGCUACAAUGA